CCCUCUCACCACACCCCUCCCCCCCGCCAAGGGACCCCCUACUUGAGCCCCUCCCCCGCCAAGGGGUAACAACCCGAACUCUCCCGUUCAAGCCGAGGCGGGAGCUGUGCCGGGGUGACCCCCGCCCCCAUGCCAAUGGGUGCUGGCCGGGAAACCCCAGACCCCCCAUCAGCAGCCCCUGGGCGCUUCCCCCAGCGGUGCCCAGCCACGCUGCUGACCCCGGGUGCUGUUUUCCCCUUUCCCUGCAGCGCCUCCCCCUGGCAGAGCCGGCCAUGCCGCUGCCCCUGGACUGCGCGGGGGCCGAGUCCCAGCUGAGCCGCACGCCCCUGCCGGUGCCUGUGCCGGCCUUCUUCCAGGAGGCCGAGCGCAGCUUCUCGGCGAAGAGGCCAGGCCGGCCGCUCAGCUACACCCUCCCGCCCCGACCGCGCCACAAGGGCACCUUGACUGUCAGCCGGGUCUUCACCGGCCGCCAACCACAGCCCUGGAGCCAGCCCCGGCCGCGCAGCGUCUCCUUCCGCGGCUCCCAGGUCCGGGCGCUGGCCCCCCGCAGCCGCCUCUACGACCCUGCCCGCAGAGAGCCCUUCUUCAGCCAGUGCUUCCAGCUGCUGGGCCGGCUGGGGCGCGGCUCCUUCGGGGAGGUGUAUAAGGUGCGCAGCAAGGAGGACGGGCGGCUGUACGCAGUGAAGCGCUCGGUGGAGCCGUUCCGGGGCGCCGGCGACCGGCAGCGCAAGCUGGCCGAGGUGCGGAAGCACGAGCGGGUGGGGCGCCACCCCAACUGCGUGAGUUUCGUGCGGGCCUGGGAGGAGCGGGGGCAGCUGUACAUCCAGACGGAGCUGUGCCCAGCCAGCCUGCUGCAGCAUUGCGAGGGGCGCGGGACGCUGCCCGAGGGCCAGGUGCGGGCCUGCCUCUGGGACCUGCUGCAGGCGCUGCGCCACCUGCACGCCUGCGGGCUGCUGCACAUGGACGUCAAGCCGGCCAACGUCUUCCUCACCGAGCGCCGGGUCUGCAAGCUGGGCGACUUUGGCCUGGUGCUGGAGUUGGACCGUGGAGACCUGAGUGACGCCCAGGAGGGCGACCCGCGCUACAUGGCGCCCGAGCUGCUGCAGGGGGAGUACAGUGAGGCGGCUGAUGUCUUCAGCCUUGGCAUGACUAUCCUGGAAAUCGCCUGCAAUAUGGAGCUUCCCAAUGGAGGGGAGGGCUGGCAGCAGCUCCGGCAGGGCUACUUGCCCCCUGAAUUCACUGCCGGUCUCUCCUCAGAGCUGCGGGCCCUGCUGGCUGCCAUGCUGGACCCCGAUCCCCGGCUCCGGCCCUCGGCGGAGGCGCUGCUCAACUCCAGCAUCAUGCGCAAGAUGGAGAAGUGGCGCAAGCUGACGCUGCUGCUGCAGGACGGACUCCUGAGAGCUGCCUCCUUGUGCCAGGGUGCUGGGAGUUUUGUGCGUUGGCUGUGGGCUGCCCUGUGCCUGCCGGCGCGCUGGCUCUCCAGCUGGCGUCGCAGUGUGCCCGUCACCCCGCCCUGCUCCCCACUACUUGCCACCCUGCUGGAUAGCAGCUUCUCCUGGGACGAAGAGGAGGAGGAGGAGGAGGAGGAAGAUGGGAGCCUGGGGGAGGAUGUGUUCGAGGUAUCGGGGGUCUGCGGGCGGCAUAACCGGACCUGCCCCGGGGAGCUGCUAUCGCAGGACAAGCCCCCGAGCUCCCCGCCGCUGAACCUGCGUCCCUCCGUGGGCAGCACUUCCACCCCGCGCCACCUCUCUCCACCGGAGACUGGCAGCAGGAGGACGAGGUCCUCAGCCGUCCAGGGCAGCCCCAACCUGAGCCGCAUCAGCCCGGAUUCCCCCCCCAGCAGCCCCGGCUCCCCCAACCUCCGCCGCACCCUGGCCUUCGAGGAGGACGAGGAGGAGGAAGCGCAGAGGGAGGAGAGCGCCCCCCAGGAUGCAGGCCAGCAUGGCUCCUUCGAGCCCAGGAACCUCCUGAGCAUGUUCGAGGAUGCCACGGCGGAGCAGAAGUGACCGGGCGCCAACUAUCAGCUGCCCUCCGCUUGAUCGUUCCUGGGGUGGGGAGGGUGAGUGAACCGCACUGGGGUAAUGACCCCCCGUGGGCCCUCGCCACCCCCAUUCUGUUCUCCACACUGCUGGGGGUGGGGUGGGGACAGAGCCCUCCUUCCCUGACGCUGCUUCUGUUGCUGGCAGCGGGGGGGCUGCUGGGAGGAGCAGUUGGGGGUUGACUCUCAAUUUACUUUAUUUUUUUUCGUUUCUUUUCCUUUUUUUAAGCUUUUUAACCUCUUCAUGAACUGGUGGGAGGGACACAGGUGCUGCCAUCCCCUCCCACCAGGGGUCGCUGUGGCUCUGCCCCAGGCCAGGACCAACCGGGGUUUGUGGACCUUUUGUUUUUGUUUUUCCCUUUUUAAGGGAAGGCAGCAACUAUGAGAAGUGUUAAUAAAAAGUGCUUUGAAAUGA